UGCUAACACGUGAGAUUCGGUCAUACUCACUGGUUGGCUUACAUAGCUCCUCGUGUCUCUUUUACGGUAGGACUACUUCAGCUCGAGGUAAAACUCGCAGUAUUGACAGUAAGCCAAAACUUGAGUCAAAUAAAAAGUUGGUUAAAAUAUUGCCGCUUAAAUAGAAAAAGAGAAGUAUUAGUAAAGUGAUAGGGUUAUAAGGCUAAAAAAAAGGACACAAUGAAAAGAUCUAUCCUCAACCUUUAUCAUAACGUUGCUGCUCUGUGGAACCCCAUCAUCUUUUUUCUGGCUCCGCUUGUUCUCUUACUGAUUCCUUUAUUGGUCCAUACAAAAGAAGCAAAAUGUGCCUACAUGAUGAUCGUGAUGGCAUUGUUCUGGAUGACAGAACCUGUUCCUCUUGCUGUUACAUCACUUGUACCCAUCGUUUUUUCUCCUCUAAUGGGAGUGGCCAGUACUAAAAUAGUAUGUGAAGCUUAUGCAAAUAAAACGCUGAUGAUGUUCGUGGGAGGACUAAUGGUAGCAACAGCAGUGGAACACUGUAAUCUUCAUCAGAGGAUUGCUCUGCGUGUGUUACUAUGGGUUGGAACAAGCUUGAGAUGGUUGAUGCUAGGAUUCAUGCUGACCACAAUGUUCUUGUCCAUGUGGAUCAGUAACACAGCUGCUACAGCUAUGAUGGUACCUAUUGUUGAAGCUGUGCUAGAAGAAAUUUCUGAUGAACAGGAAACCAGAAAAGAAAAUAUCUCACUGAAAAAAAUCAAUCCACCAGAUGGCAGCAAUAUGGAGCUCAAUAAUGGAAUGGUGCAAGAAACCAACAGCAGUAUAAACAACCAGCAACCAACCCAUCAUUCAACAGUACGCAAGGUCUUAUUGCUCAGCGUAGCCUUCUCAGCCAACUGUGGUGGAACAGGUACAUUGACCGGCACGGGACCUAACCUCGUUCUCAAGGCACUUUAUGACACUUAUUUUCCCCAGUCUAAAGACAUUACAUAUGGAUCUUGGAUAGUUUACAACGUACCUGGGAUGUUGUUGUAUGUUUUGGUCGCAUGGUGGUUUCUAUUUUUCUAUUUUACUGGAACUUAUUGCAAGUCCAAAGAAAAUGGAAAAAAACGCGAAGCUGUGAGAGAAGUUAUUCUUCGAAAAUACAACAGUCUUGAUCAAAUUAGUUUCCACGAAACUGCUGUGUUAAUACUGUUUAUAUUACUGAUACUGCUGUGGCUCAUGAGAGAUCCUGAGUUCUUACCCGGCUGGGGUCCUGCUUUGAGCUCUGAUGUACACAUCGAUGACGCUACUCCAGCUAUUUUUAUUGCUUUGCUAUUAUUUAUUAUUCCCGCUAAGCCUUCUCAACUGAGAUCUAGCCCACCAUUACUGGAUUGGAAAACAGCACAGAACAAACUGCCGUGGGGAGUUUUGUUCAUUUUAGGAGGAGGGUUUUCCUUGGCUAAAGUUUCAGAGAUUUCAGGGUUAUCUAGGUGGAUGAGCAACCAGUUAUCAUACCUAGAUUCCAUGCCUCCAGUAGCCAUUGUUAUUGUGCUGUGUAUCCUGACGGCAACCUUGACAGAAGUCGUAAGCAACGUAGUAUCAGCGACAAUUCUGCUACCCGUUAUCAAACAGCUCAGUUUGGCCUUAAAAGUUCACCCCCUGUACUUGAUGUUACCAGUAACGAUUUCUUGCUCUUUCGCCUUCAUGCUUCCGGUUGCAACAGCACCUAAUACCAUGGUGUUCGAAAUUGCUAGAAUGAAAACUUUGGAUAUGGUCAAACCCGGUUUCUUCUUGAACAUUCUGUGUAUAUGUAUUCAAACUAUGAUGAUCCACACGCUAGGUGACGCACUGUUUCAUUUCAAUACGAUUCCUUAUUGGAUGAACGUGAAUACAACCCUUACUACUACGUUUAGCUCCGUGUUACCAGAAGCUGUGGAUAAUCUGACGAUCCAUAGAAUUACAGCAAUAUCGUUUCUAAAUAUGACGUCAACGUAAAAGUUGCCUGGCAUCGUGCUGUUCUCCAUCAAAUCACUGAUUGAACAUAAUCGGUUGUUCUUGACAUUAUCUUUUCGACUUUAAUAUAAUGAGCUAUUUCCAAGAUAACGUAUCAGCCAUGUCUUGGUUGUCUUCACAAACUACCAAUACUUCUGACUAAUCUUUGGUCAGGCUGAAACGUCAAAUUGAUAAUUUUUUAACUCUUCUAAAUUCACAAAAAAAUAUAUUAAAUUUACUAUGGAAUAUUGUGAAAACGAAAAAUUGAAUUUUAGACUUAAAUAUUGGCACAAGUAACGGCAUACAUACCAUCAAAAUUUCAGAAAAGCAAUUUAUAAUGACACCAUCAUAUAUACUUUCUCAAGACAUCCAACGUCUCACAAACCUGCUGUUGUCUAUAGUUUGUUACACAGGCAUAUAACCGUAUCCUUGUCAUCUGAAGAUUAUGUAACUGAAUUAAAAAAAAGAAAAAAAAGAAAGAAUUGCUAUCAAUAAUGGUUAUACAGCUAAUUUAAUCGACAUGUUGUUGUUUAAAAAUUAAAAGCCAUUAAAUUAUAAUCAUAUACUGUACCAAAAGAUAAUAAAAAAGGAAUGGUGUAUGAUAAGAUACAUUGGGAAAUCUCACAAAAUAUAAGACAAUGAACAAAAAACUAUACAAUUGCGUUCUACUGUGCAAACAAACAAACAAUUUGGGCAAAACAUUGUAUAACAACAGGAACAAAAUCGAAAAAAUACAAUCACAAUGGUGUUUAUCAUUUAACACAUCAAGACUGCAGUAGUGUAUAUGUAGGUCAGACAGGACGUUCCAUAGAAACAACAAUUAAUGAACGUUCAAGAAGUUGAAAAUUGGGAAAAAUGGACUCCACUUUUUCAUCCCACCUUAAGGAAACUAACCAUCAUUCGAAUAAAAUUUUUCAAAUUUUA